CAUGCAGAGUGCUGUGCUUCAACUCGGAGCGCUCUCUACUUCGAAUUCCGCAGUCGAUCGAGUGGCUGCUCCGAUUGCUCUGGCAGCUGCUCAACGUAUCGGGCUUGGAAGCGAGCAAUGCGAGUGACGGUGGUAGGUGGCGCCGUCGCGGCGCUGUUGCCUCUGGCGGACGCUCAGCUCUCGUUCUGGCACUUGCCCGCUGAUCGCAGUAGGACGAGGCUCCGCGACCCGUACGAAGCACUGGAUGUUCUGUCCCGCAUGGGAUACGCGGCCCUGGUGGGACAGGAAGAGGGAGACGGCGCUUAUGAAAGGAAGCAGGCCCUCGACUACGUUGCCAAGCUAGGAUGGUCUGAUGUAGAUGUUGCGGCGGUUAUGGAGACCUUCAGGACGGGCAUAACGACACCGGAGACGUGCGAAACCUGCGAAUACUUUAUGGAUGUGCUGAAGAAUGGCUCGGGCAAGUUCUCUAUGCCCAUCUUCGUCGCAUUCCUGUGGACCAUGUGCUACAUCCAGUCCUACACCACGAGCGAAGUCUGCACGGGCAUGGUCAGGUCCUACAAGGACGACGUCGGCUACGUGAUGAGAACUACGAGGUCCUCUCCGAACGAGCUCUGCACACUCAUGUUUGGUAGAACGUGCGGAAACCUCACGUUGCCUGAACACGUGUGGGAGAUAGACGUUCCAGAAAAGCCCAGCGACACCACGCCUGUACUCAGGAAGAGAGCGCAGUCGAGGGCCGAGCUGGCGUCGUCGUUCCGCGUGCUGCACCUGUCGGACACGCACUACGACCCGGAGUACGUCGAGGGGAGCCUGGCAUCGUGCGACGAGCCCCUGUGCUGCCGUGCUGCAUCGGGAGAAGUGACGAACGACACCGACCGCGCGGGCCGCUGGGGUGACUUGCGUUACUGCGACCUGCCAUUCCGCACGCUGGAAAACAUGCUCGAGCACAUCGGACGACAGGGACGUCAGCCUCAGUUCGCCUACUGGACGGGCGAUCUCCCACCCCACGACGUGUGGAGGAUAACUCGGGCCGCCAACUUCGAGAACUUCGAGAAGACCGUCUCGACUAUCGCCAAGCAGCUGCCCGGGGUCACGGUCUAUCCGGUCGUCGGAAACCACGAAGCUGUUCCCCCGAACUUGCAACAGCAGGACUCUCACCAUGUCCGCUUACCGUGCGUUGUAUGCAUGCCAACCAAGGGACAGGCCGAGCAGUUCAAACACGGAACUCCUGGCGCGUGCAGGUUCCCCGAGACCGACCGCAGCGAUGCGCAGCACGCCGAGAAGUCGCAGUGGCUGUACGACACCCUAGCCGAAGAUUGGAAGGUGUGGCUUCCGGAAGACGCCCUCGCCACCGUCAGACGGGCUGGUUACUACGUCGCUAAGCCAAGAGAAGGUCUUCGAUUAAUAUCGCUCAACACAAACUUCUGCUACAACUUCAACUUCUGGCUCUUCGUAAACUCGACCGACCCUGGAAACCAACUGCGAUGGCUGGUGGACGAGCUGCUUGAUGCCGAACGCGUAGGCGACAAGGUGCACCUCAUUGGCCACAUACCUCCCGGCUUGCCCGACUGCCUCGACACUUGGAGCGCCAUGUUUCACAGAAUAGUCGAAAGGUUUUCAAGCACAGUGGUGGGCCAGUUCUACGGCCACACGCACUACGACGAGGCGAUCGUGUACUACUCGUCCGUGGACAGGUCACGGCCUUUCGGGCUCGCCUUCGUCGCGCCGAGCGUCACCACGUACACCUUUCUGAACCCCGCUUACCGGAUAUACGAAGUCGACUCGGAAUCCAAGCUGGUGACGAGACACGAAACGUACACCAUGAACGUGACCGAGGCCAACCAAGGUGACGGAGAACCCCGCUGGAGGCUCGAGUACAGCACCGAGGACCUAGGUCUGGCGCAGGUGGGCCACGAGGACUGGGCCGCGCUCAUCGGAGCCAUGGAGGCUGACCAGGCUCGGUUUAACCAAUACGUCGGGUACACGACUCGCCUGGGCGACCAGGAGAUGAAGUGCGACGACGAGUGCCGCGAGCGACUGCUGUGCCGCUGCAGAACGGACAGGGCACACGACUACUCGGCCUGCCCGCGAGAUCCCACCGCCAACAGGAACAACGCCACCGGGAGGCAGUACAAUCAUUUAGCGUGACGUGCGCCAACUAGGAAGCAUCGAAUUUGGAAUAAUUGCUCGUGGCGUUCGGAUUUAAACCUGUAGUACGAGUGUGUUGCAAGUAGCUUUGGCGCGUAACACAUCCCUCGACUUCUCCGAAAGUACAGCAGCGCCACCCUCGGCUGACAGAGUUACUGUUCUCCUAUUACACUCCUAGGCUGGGGAAGUGACAGCGAGUAUCAGUUUGCACUCAGUUUCAAAAUGUUUAGCCGGAGUACAAGCGCGCAAACCAUGCUCGUGGGGUAUAGACUAAGCGCGAGAUUGAGCCUAUUGCGCCCUCCCAUGGAGGGCCACGUAGGUCAGGGUCACGUGCAUUCGCACAGAAUCGAUGCUGAUUGGCCGAUGUCAGUUGUAAGCUUUCACUUCAGUUCCACAUUACUGUGAAACCGACUAUAGGCGUGGUAUUAUUAGAGUUAAAGAAAUUCUGAGAUCGCAUAAGGCAAGAAAGCUGCUUUUUCCAAAAGUUGUAUUUGGCAAAAAAGGUAGGGUCUUUUUAAAAAAACGGCCGUUUUCAAUCAAGCGUAUUAUCUUUGUCGGUUAAAUUACCAGGCACUACGGAGUGCAAAUAGUCGAAGUUUCUAACAUGCAUCGAAUACCCGUGUUUUUAAUGAGAGUGUUUAACUGGAAAUUUGAGAUUCGAUCUUGUGAAAUAUCGGGCCGCACAGCGCAGAGGGAACGACCUCAAAAAAGAAGGAGAAAGACGACACACGCAGAACGCUCUGUGAGUCGUCUUGUCCUUUCUUUUCGUCGUCAUUGCCUCUGCGCCAUACAACCCGAUGAUAGUGAACCAACAAGCCGACAUUUCUACUAUCUUGAAGUAGCCAUGAUGUUCUGUUGCCGAGCCCGAAGUCACCGGUUCCAAGUCCAGGUGACCGCAUUCUGAUGGGGCAGAAUGCACCAUAAUUAACGCCCGUGUAACUAGCACUGGGUGCUAGGUACACGAGCGCUGGGAAUAGAGAAUACGGAGCCCUCCACAACGACGUCUCUCACUGACCCGAUUGUCGCUUCGGGACUUGCUCCGCCAAGGAUAUUAAAUGUUUCGGCAUGCUCAAUUAAUAUAGAAUACUAUAGGAUUGCUACGAUUAUGGAACCUUGCCUGUUUAGACAUCACGAAAGUGUCCACUAACGACCAAGAACUAGGGUGCCCUUUUUGUUCAUACACAAAUUGUACAUUUGGAC